AUAUGUGCGGUGCUGACGUGCAUUGGUCCCUCACGUGACUCCAGGAAUGUUAACAAUGCAGUAAGUGUCCAACUUUGUACUGCAUUCUAAUUCUGCCUGUAGUUGGGGGAAAAUGGAGUCUCUUCUCAGGAUAUUUACCCGGGCCUACCGUUGAGAAAGUUCGAUACAUCAUCGUAUUGAUUGUGCAACAAAGGAUUGGAUAUAAAGUUUUCCCGAAAAGCGUAUUUGGUUGGAUUCUUUCUCGGAUUAAAGCCGAAUGAUACUUCUAUCACAUGGCGCAGAUGGGAGCCAGAACGGUUUGGGGCAAGGGUACCCUUGUCACCCCUCACAAGACUUGGAAUAAGGAGGAGUGUGACCCCUAAAACACAAACACCAUGGCACGCCAGUGGGAUUUCUAUCAGUAGGAGCCAGCCACACAGAGACAAACAAAAACAGUAAUACAGAGCGAGAAAGAGAAAUCUCAAUCUCACAUAUUUUUGCACCGCUUAGGAGUGUGUGUGUGUGUGUGUGUGUGUGUCAGAUUUUGGGUUAGAAUUUGAGUGUGUGUUCCUUAGACUUAAACGGGAGUGUCAUGAGGCCCAAGACGUUCCCCGCUGCUCCGUACAUGGGCAACACGCGCCAGCGCCUCCAGGAGAUCAAGGAGGGGCUAAAGCAGCCGGCCAAGCUGAUGAGCCAGGCCCUCCACGGGGGCAGCUCCCGGGGCGAGGGGGGCCGCGGGGCCGAAAGCAAGAGCAAAGACCCCGGCAGUCGCCAGCAGCAGCACCGGCCCCCUCAGAAGUUCAACAAUUACCAGAAUGCUCUGAGGGAGAUCCGCAAGUCCCUCAGGCCGUUUGAAUACAAUACUGGACCCUCUUCUGGCUCUGCCCACCCCGCUGGAGGUGUCAACCGACAGAUGCUGCAGGAGCUGGUCAAUACUGGCUGUGACCAGGAAAUGGCGGUGCGGGCUCUGAAGCAGACGGGUAGCAGAAACAUUGAGGCUGCUCUGGAGUACAUCAGUAAGAUGGGAUACCUGGACCCACGCAAUGAACUCAUCGUCCGGAUUAUCAAGCAGACCUCGCCAGGCAAAGGGGGCAUGCCAAACUCAAUUGACCACAGACCACCAUUGGAGGGAACAAGUGAGGGUGCCAUGCCUCCCUACCACCAGAUGGGGGCAUCGAUGUAUGAGGGUGCUGGCUAUGGGCCAGAGGGGCCCUACAUGGGUGCCCCUCCUGUCAUGAACUACAUGAUCCCCCCCUCGGGCACAGCACAGGGCCCUGCCAUGGUUAACCCCAUGGGACGCCCGCCCAGUAUUGGAGCCUACCCUCCAUCCAUGGCCGCCCAGAACAAUCCAGGGAACCCCAUGUACCCCCCAGGUGCCCCGCAAAAGGCCUACCCAGGCAGCAUGGAACAGGCCAUGAUUGGCUACAGUGUCCCUGGCCAGCCCCUGCAGCCCCAGGCACCAGGAGGCCCCAUCCCCGUACCCCACUACGACUACGGCCACGGCCGGCCUCACAUGAUGGAGCCCUCGGGCUACGGCAUCAAGAGGAGCGCAUCCUUCCAGAACAAGAUGCCACCGCUGGCGCCCGACAACUACGUCAACAUGCAGGUUAAAGGGGCCAUGGGCCAGAACGGGGGAGGGUACCCCCCUAACCUGUACCUACCGCCCCAUUCACACCCUCGGCAGUCCAGCCCCACCUCACACCAGGUCCACAUGAUGUCCCGCUCGCCCGGUGGAGCUGCCGCCGCCAUGGGGCCAGAUUUCUCUGACCUCCCCCAGGGCCUGCUCACGCCUUCCAGAGCCAGUCUCAACCUGGACCUGUAUGAGCAGCACCAACACCACUGGGCCGGGCCCCAGGGGCCUGAGGGGGCCCCUCCAGCCAGGCAACCCCAGCCUCAGGGUCCCUUCCGGGGAGAGGUGCGAGUCCCCAGCAGGACCAACUCCUUUAACAACCGCUCAGCGCCCCCCAACAACGUCCGGCCCACUUUGGUACCUCCAGCUCCCGGCAAGCAGGACCCGUCCCUGGGUCCACCCAACACCAUCACGGCGGUGACGUCGCCCCCCAUCCAGCAGCCGGUGAAGAGCAUCCGGGUGAUGAGGCCCGAGCCGAAGACUGCUGUGGGGCCGUGUCACCCUGGCUGGUUGGCCGCUCAGGAAGCAUCUGAGCCCCUCGCCUACAUGCCUGAAGAGGCCUACGCUCUGGAGCCUGCCCAGGAGCCCCGCUGUCCACCACCUCCCUACCCCAAAACCCUGCUCAUAUCUGGGGCUUCUUCAGAGGCAGGGCCCCUGGAGGCCUCAGACCUCAACACCCCUGCUAGGCCACACGGUAGCAGUGGAGGAGGAGGGGGAAAGGCAGAAGAGAGCCAGGUGAAAGAAAAGACCAAGUCUGGAAAAGGAGAGAAGGCAGUGAAGGACAAGAAGCAGAUCCAGACAUCGCCGGUGCCGGUGAGGAAGAACGGGCGUGAUCAGGAGAAGAGGGAAUCACGCAUUAAAAGUUACUCACCCUUCGCCUUCAAGUUCUACAUGGAGCAGCAUGUGGAGAAUGUGAUGAAGACCCACCAGGAAAAACUGAACCGCAGGCUCCAGCUGGAGCAGGAGAUGUCCAAGGCUGGCCUAUCAGAGGCCGAGCAGGAGCAGAUGAGGAAGAUGCUGAACCAGAAGGAGUCCAACUACAACCGUCUGCGCCGUGCCAAAAUGGACAAGGCCAUGUUUGUCAAGAUCAAGACACUGGGCAUCGGGGCCUUCGGCGAGGUGUGCCUGACACGCAAGGUGGACACGGGAGCCCUGUACGCCAUGAAGACGCUGCGCAAGAAGGACGUGCUCAAUCGCAACCAGGUGGCCCAUGUCAAGGCUGAGCGUGACAUCCUGGCGGAGGCAGACAACGAGUGGGUGGUGCGUCUGUACUACUCGUUCCAGGACCGAGACAGCCUCUACUUCGUCAUGGACUACAUCCCCGGAGGAGACAUGAUGAGCCUGCUGAUCCGCAUGGGCGUCUUUCCUGAGCCGCUGGCAUGCUUCUACGUGGCUGAGCUGACGCUGGCCAUCGAGAGUGUCCACAAGAUGGGCUUCAUCCACCGCGACAUCAAGCCGGACAACAUCCUCAUCGACCUGGACGGACACAUCAAGUUGACCGACUUUGGCCUCUGCACUGGCUUCCGCUGGACGCACAACUCCAAGUACUAUCAGAAAGGGAGCCACAUCAGGCAGGACAGCAUGGAGCCCAGUGACUUUUGGGAUGACGUGUCCAACUGUCGUUGUGGCGACCGGCUGCAGACCCUGGAGCAGCGGGCAACAAGGCAACACCAGCGCUGCCUGGCACACUCCCUGGUGGGCACUCCCAACUACAUCGCCCCUGAGGUGCUGCUGCGCAAAGGGUACACCCAGCUGUGUGACUGGUGGAGUGUGGGAGUGAUCCUCUUUGAGAUGCUGGUGGGUCAUCCACCCUUCCUGGCCCCGACACCCACCGAGACACAGAUAAAGGUGAUAAACUGGGAGAGCACACUGCAGGUGCCCCCGCAGGUUAAGCUCAGCCCAGAGGCUGUCGACAUCAUCGGCCGUCUCUGCUGCUCCCCUGAGGAGCGUCUUGGGAGCAAUGGCGCCGGCGAGAUCAAGACUCACCCCUUCUUCGACCAGAUGGACUUCUCCAGCAAUCUGCGCACCCAGCCCGCCCCCUACCGGCCCAAGAUAGCCCACCCCAUGGACACAUCCAACUUCGACCCGGUGGAGGAGGAGGGGGGUCCCGGGGCAUGGAGUGACAGCGGGGACAGCACACGGGCCUGGGAGACCCUCUGCACACCACACGGGAAACACCCGGAGCACGCUUUCUACGAGUUCACCUUUCGCAGGUUUUUUGACGACAACGGCUGCCCCUUCCGCUACCCCAAGCCCCCUGAGAUCAGCCACAGCCAGGGGCCUCCCACCAGUAGCAGAGCCAGCAGCAUGGGCCCUGAGGAGGAAGAGGAAGAGGUGGAGGAAGAGCAGGGGGAGCCUGUGUAUGUGUAGAAGAGCCCAGACUGUUGGCUUUCUGAACUAUGACCCCCCCCCCCCCCCCCUUCUCUCUCUCUCUCUCCAACAAUCAACACUUAGCACCUGGGGCCCCGGCUGCCAACUUUCUAUCUACCGCUGUUCUUCUCAGAGGGUGUGUGCGUGUGCGUGCGUGCGUCUAUAUUUGUGUGUGUUUGAGAGACUGAAUAGGACGACCUGACAUCUGUUUAACAAUUCAGACACUACUGUGUGGAAUCUUCAGCGUGAGCAAAGACUACAAUAAGAAUCCCUGAUCUGGGACCAAGAACAACUAACUGUACAAGGGCUAGGGAUUGGAUAAUGAAGCCAGAGGACUGUUCGGAAAGCAAAUGAAUCAGAACAGGAACAGAUAGGUCUUCUAUAGAAAUGAAAGUAUCCGCUGCGCUGUGGAAGUUUACAAAAGUGUUCAGAUAAGAGUUUGACACUAGGACCAUUACUAUGGGUGAUCCUAGUGCUCUAUCCCAUUCCUUCGCCUUGGGUCUUAGAGAUCUCUUCUUCCAGGUUCGCCUUACCCCAGGAAGUUAACACAAACACUUCCUGGACGUCAAGUUGGUCUGGACUGAAUUAGCUGGUGGUAGAGGGGAAGAAUGCAACACUUCUCACACAGCUGUGACAAAAUAAGUUACCAAAAUACAAAUUCACAUGCGCACAUGAACACUUUAAAGGAUGGUUGAACUACACAAUUUAGCAGGAAGCAAUGGGGUUGUCCUCUGCAGCUAACCCACCUAAAGCCUUGAGCAUACCGAUUGUGUAAAACUGUAUGCGUUCCGACAGAAGUCCAUUAAUUUCAGUGGAAGGCAAUUUUCACCUCUGGGACUCAUCUGCCAGACUCGGUUGCGAUGCUUGUCGCUGCGUGUAGUGUGUUGCAUGCAUGUGUUGGAUUUUUCCAACUUGUGCUGUUGCUUUGCCAUACGGUAUCGGGAACGAAAGUAGAUAGUCAACCGAAGAAGUAGCUAAUGUGUAGCAUGAUUAUUUUUGUUAUGAUGCGGUGCAUGGAUUGCGAAGACUACGUCAAAUUUACCGUACGGCAAUGUAAUAAUGCAACCUGUGUGCACACGGUGUAAGUCGCGGCAUUUUUCAAAGUUAGUCUGACAUGUAAGUCUAGGCAUUCCCCAGCUGUGACUCCUACCUUUAGCUUCACACUAACUUUUUUUCCAAAUAGGAGAUGUGGGAUAAAGCCCACUUGUGUUGUUCCCACUCACCCCUAAACAUCUUCAGGAUUCUGUUUUGAGUAUCAGACCUAGGGGAAUGGUUGUGACGGGUAAGUACUCGUAGCAACAACAACAAAUUCCUUUGUUUUAUUGAGCUCAUUUUGCAGAGUUCUGAGGAAGGUGGACUGCAAGUGUGUAAUCAUUGCUUUGUUACAGAUAUGAAUCUCAUGAUUACAUACAUAUUUGCUAAGCAGUCACGGCUGUCCAUAUCUCCACACAACACAUACAUUACACCUGCUCUAAGACUGUCAUGAACAGUGACAUUACUGGCGCCAAGAGCAGUGCAUUUUAGCCUCCUUGACAAAAGCCCUACCUGCUAAUCCACCACUUACAAACACACGCUCAGUAUUAUACAGUUAACACAUUGGAGUGUCCACACAGUCUCCUCGGUCCAUAUGGAGACAGAUGUGAAAACUCAAUGUCAGAAACACAUGUAAUAGUAUGACUAUGUGCAAUACAGAAAAUACGAUAUAUAGUUUUCUAAACACUUACAAUUACCAUUUUGACCUUGUAAUACGCUAUGUACAAAUAUACAUUAUAUUGGUUUAUAUAUUUUCCUUAUAGUUACAUGACCCAAUGCUGCUUAUUAUUGUGAUUUAAUAUUAUUAUUAUUUACAUUAUUUCAUUUAUACGUACUUCUUUCCUUUUAUGCAAGUGUGGGUUUGAUUGCCAGUGUGUUUGGUUUGGAAAGUGACGAACUGUGUGCCUUCUAGAGGAAUGUUGGUACAUAUCUAUCCACCGCAAGAUGAUGAUGAUGAGGAUGAUGAUGAUCAGUGUUUGUGCAGAAUAACGACAGCAGCUUUCCUACUCUGCAACCAGGCUGGCCCUGUGUGUAGGAGAGUAGGGCGGAAGAGACCGACAUAGUGAUAGAGAAAGAAAGAUGCGUUUCAGAGACAAAACAAAAGCAAGGCAGGAUUGGCUAUAAAAUGAAAAAUAAAUGAAUGAAUAGCUUUCUCUAUGUUACAAGAACAGGUGGCAAAUGACCAAAACGUACACUAUCAGUCAAAAGUUUGGACACACCUACUCUUCUUUAUUUGGCUAUUUUCUAUAUUGUAGAAUAAUAGUGAAGAUAUCAAAACUCUUAAAUAACUACUUUGAAGAGCCAUCUAGUAACCAAAAAA